AGCAGUCGCUACAGACGUUAGCAGGUAGAAGGUUUUAUGCUGUUCGCGGUGCCGGCAGGGUGAUCGGAUAGCUGCUGAAGUAUUUUGUUAUUUUUGUGCAAAGUUCCGUAUUUUUUAAAAAGUAGCGACAGAAGAGGAACUGAAUCGAUAUGGGAUCAGAACAGCAGUUUUGUUUGAGGUGGAAUAAUCAUCAAAGCACUUUGGUUGCUGUUUUUGAUACUUUACUGGAGAGUGGAACUUUGGUUGACUGCACUUUGGCAGCUGAAGGCCAAUACUUGAAAGCGCAUAAAGUAGUUCUUUCCGCGUGUAGUCCUUACUUUGAGCUCCUGCUGAGUCAGCAUUAUGAGAAACACCCGAUCGUUAUUCUUAAAGAUGUGAAAUUCCAAGAAUUGAAAGCUAUGAUGGAUUAUAUGUAUCGGGGUGAAGUGAAUAUUUCUCAAGAUCAAUUAGGAGCUUUAUUGAAAGCCGCCGAAUCUCUGCAGAUAAAGGGUUUAUCGGAUAGCGGUGGCGGAGGUACAGAGAGGGAAGUGGAACCUAAGAGGAGAAAAGAAUCGGUUCCACCUCCUCCCACACCAGCAAGAACGCCACCUAUUCUACAGCAUUCGUCGUCGGGCCUCACUAUCGAGCAUCGACGAACGGCGCAGCCAUCUCAAGUUCCGCAAGUUAUUGAUUUACCCGAGGAUGCCCCGCCGCCGAUGCCGUUGCAGAAGAUGGCCACGACGAGGGAGGGCAGCAUUUCGCCCGUCUCACGUAAACGGAAGAAGCAUAGACGCCGAUCAAGUUGUGAUGAGAACAGUUUAGGGGCACCUGGUGUAUUACCAUCAACUGACAAUCACGAAACAAGUAGCUCGUGUGAACUUCCACCCCAAUCGCAGGUACCUCCUGCGCCAAGUAUACCCGCCACCAUAACGCCGGUUACGUCGACGCCAAUACCCAAACCGUCGUUAGAUACCCAGUUAAGUCAUACAACUGAGGAGAAAAACAGUGACUCUGAGAUUAUGAGCAAACCUUUGGCCUCAGUGCAAGGUGCUGUAGCCUCCCCACAGACAAUGCCAAUUGAACCUGAACCUGUUGUGCAUAAAGUAGAGCCACAGACUGAACCUCUAUUAGAACCAAAGUCAGAGUACCUGGAGGAAGUGAACGAUGACAGUGUGGAGGACUUGACUUUAGAUGAUGACAUGGACGAUAUGGAUCAGCCUAGAGCGGGUCCUUCGCAUGGUGGGGAGGGUUCCAGCAGUCAAGGAACAGGCUUUGCACCGUGGCAUGUAACUGCAACUGACAGAUCGACGGAUGAAGUCUUCAUGGCUGCGCAGGAAGCGGUUGGUGCUCAUAGGGAUUCUCAAGAUGAUAAGGACUGGCAGUGGUCAACAUAUCCACCUCCGACCAAGCAGUUUCAUCAACAUCCUCAUGGGAGAGAAGCAGAAUUAUUAUCAGACAGUGAAAGAUUAUGGAGUUCCUACUACGAAGGCUGGACGUGUCCCCCCAGCCCACAAAAAUUUGGCGAAAUUGUGUCAGUGGUCAGUAUUAAUAGUGAGGAACGAAAGAAAUUUAAAUGCCCUAAUUGCCUGAAAGGUUAUUGCUCCAGAGGAACAUUGUUACGACAUUUGAAGUUAGAAUGUGGGAAAGAUCCACAGUUCCAUUGUCCUAAUUGUAGCUAUCAGACGAAACAUAAAAGCAAUCUCCAAAGACAUCUAGCAAUACACAGAAUAGAUUAGGUGAAAUGGUAGCGUGCCGUGGAAAACGUGUGUAUUUAGAGUGCAACCAGCUGAAUAUCUGAUGUAACAUAUGCAAAACAAAUCUUAGCUUAAAAUAUUUAUGUUUGAAAGGUGUUGUAAACUGAUUAUAUGGUAAACCAGCAACUGAAUUAUGAAAUGGGAAGAUUUGUUGCACUAAUUAACUUCAUUGAUCUCUCUCUCUCUCUCUCUCUCUCUCUCUCUCUCUCUCUCUCUCUCUCUCUCUCUCUCUCAUAUGUUGAGAAGGAGAAUAAAAUGACAUUAAACAGUAUGGACAUAUGAAAGCAGUUAUAGGAAGAUGACUUAGAUUUGUUAUGAGUAUUCUGGAAAAGUGUGUUGUGUACCUGUUUGGGUAACCACGUUUGGAAUCUUUAGAAGUAGACCUAGUAGCGGAGUAUGAAGGAAUUUUGAGUGCAGUGUUAAAAUCAUAAUAAGUUGGUAUGGUUCAUAGGAGAGAGUAACAGAGAAGCUUAAGGAAGUUAAAUGGGAACUGUUGGAGCGAAGAUAGUGUUAUUAUCAGGAAACAGUAUUGAGUAAAUUUGGAGAACCACUAUUUGAGUUUCACAGUGUGACAAUACUUUUGCCUCUGUUUCUAUGCAUCUGUUCAUGAGAGUAGGUUAAGAGAGAUUAGGAGAAAUGUGAAAGCAUACCAGUAGUAAUUCUAGGAACAAACGGGAGGAGGGGGACGAUAAGUAAUGGUAGUAAAUAAUCUCUUCCAUGCAGCGUACAGUGGAUUGUGUAGCAAGAAUGGAUAAAAAAAAUCAUAUUCUCGAUAGAAAAAUUUAAAAAAUCAGUUAAAUAAUAAACACACGUACCCUCUGUUUACUCACCACUGAUAAAUGUAUGACAUUCGUGCACAUCUUGUUUGUACAACAGCUGAUUAAGUGUAGUGUUUCAUUGCCUUGUUUUUUCAGUAUUGCCAGUGGUAAUAACUUCUCAAAUAAUGUGUGGAACAGCAAUGAAUGUGCUAUUCAAAUUACAAGCAUUGCUGUUUUUAUUUUGCUUGAAGAGGCAAAUAUUAAAUUGAGGCUUAUUUGAAAUUCUAAUGCAUACUAGCUUUCUAACAGAGAACACACAGCAUACACAAAAUAAGUUAAGAUUCCAAAAUGGAGUAUUAUGGUGUCAUAUUCGAGAUUUAGAUAGAAAUUUACUGGACUUUUAUUAGAUUGUGUGUAAUUUAGAUUCAAAAACUUGUAAAUUAUCUUUGUGUUCAAAAUCCAUCACUCCAAUGAAAUAUAUUCAAGUGGCAGGAUAUUUUAGUCUCAUUUUAUUGUUGUUAUUGUUGUUACUGCUCAUUCCUUGUUUCAUACAUAAUGUUAUUCAUGAUAUGAACUACACAAAAUAAUUAAAAUUGUCCCUAGUAUUGUAAUAAUGGAAAAAUUUCAUCUGAGAUGUUAAUGAAAUGAUCUGAGAUGUUAAUGAAAUGAAAAUGAUUUGUUAAUGUAUAUCCCCAAGUGUUCUCAGAAAUUUCAAAUGCCUGUCAGAGGUGGAUAAACAAAACGGUGUGCAGUGAGUUAUGUACACAGUGUUUUUUCGAUAAUUAAGCAUAAUAAUGUAAAUUGGAUAGCUGUGAAGAGAGAAUAUUGACUGCUUUAGUGAAGGGAAUUCAUAUUGGAAAUGAUUCAUAGUAACAGUCUACAUUGUAUGCUUAAAACAUUUGUUUUGGGCAUGCCACUUUUAUAUUAAUGGCACACACAUUAGAGUUUAAUAAAGUGACCUAAACAUAA